AUGUUCUCAACGGCUCGUCGGCGCUGCGUGCACGCCUGCGUGGCCUCCAAUGCCCGCGCCUUCAGUGUCUCGGCGCCAUGCGCCUCCAAGAUCGGCCGGGCACCGCUGUCCCUUCCGCCGGAGGUGACCCUCGAGGUUCUUGCGCCGCCAGCUCAAAGAGGGCUGAGGGUCAGCCGAGAUGUGCCUCUCUCGACAGCCGUCGUCAAGGGCCCGCUUGGAGAGUUGUCUAUGUCCAUCCCGCCCUUUGUUCGCAUUGAGCGCGCCACUCCCGACAGCCCGCCCACCAUUCAAGUCCUGAAGCCUAAGCAGAAAGAACAGCGUGAGAUGUGGGGCACCAUUCGGGCAUACUUGCAAAACAACGUCUUAGGAGUGUCAGAAGGCCAUACCGCCAUCUUGCGUCUUGUUGGCGUCGGUUACCGUGCAACCGUUGAGAAAGAAGCAACCACCGUCCAGGCCGAGUUCCCCGGCCAGCAAUUCGUCAACCUCAAGGUCGGCUUCACACAUCCCGUCGAGCUGCCAAUUCCAAUGGGCGUCAAGGCUAGCACGCCCCAGCCGACCCGUAUACUUUUGGAAGGAGUUGAUAAGGUUGCGGUCAUGUCAUUUGCGGCCAAAAUCCGGGCAUGGCGGAAGCCCGAGCCAUACAAGGGCAAGGGUAUAUUCGUCAACGGCGAGACGAUCAAACUUAAGUCGAAGAAGAUCAAAUAGAGCAGAACACUGGCGCAAUUGUACAGAAACUGUAUUUUAUUUAUUUCUGGGUAUAUU